AGGUCUCCCGAUUGUGGCGGGGACCAUGGACAUUCGUCACUUCUUCUCUGGAUUGACCAUUCCUGAUGGGGGCGUGCAUAUUGUAGGGGGUGAACUGGAUGGCCGCCUGCGUGACCCGCGUGGAGCUGUCGGUGUCCUGCCGGAGCCUCCUCGACAGGGACCUGCGCUCCCGGUCCGACCCCCUCUGCGUCCUGCUCCAGGAGGUGGGCGCCGGCCGCUGGGCCGAGCUAGAUCGCACGGAGAGGAUCAAGAACUGCCAAAACCCUGAAUUCAGCAAGAAACUGGUUGUGGAUUACUACUUUGAGAAAGUGCAGAAGCUGAAAUUCGGUGUGUAUGAUAUCGAUAACAAGUCCUUUGAUUUAAGUGAUGAUGACUACCUUGGAGGAAUCGAGUGCACACUGGGACGGGUUGUGUCCAGCUUGGUGUUCACCCGACCGCUGGAAUUGAAGCAGGGAAAGCCAGCAGGAAAGGGCACCAUCACGAUUUCAGCAGAGGAGAUUAAAGAUACCAGGGUUGUGUACUUGGAAAUCGAAGCUCGGAACUUGGACAAAAAGGAUUUCUUAGGUAAAUCAGAUCCAUUUUUUGAGUUUUACAAGCAGAGUGGUGCUGGAAUGUGGCAGCUGGUGUACAGAUCAGAGGUGAUUAAAAACAACUUAAAUCCAUGCUGGAGGAAGUGCAGUGUUCCUUUGCAGACGUUCUGUGGUGGAGAUUUUAAUAAACCUAUCAAGGUGGAGUGUGCAGAUCAUGACAGCGAUGGGUCGCAUGACCUGAUAGGCACUUUUGAAACGAACCUGUCUCAGCUGCAGAAAGCAGGUGACGGCUCUCCGGUGGAAUUUGAAUGCAUUCAUCCUGAGAAAAAACAAAAGAAAAAGAGCUACAAAAACUCUGGCAUUAUUAGGAUAAAAUCAUGCAAGAUUGAGACAGAAUAUUCGUUUCUGGACUAUGUCAUGGGAGGCUGCCAGAUUAACUUUACUGUGGGUGUAGACUUCACUGGCUCCAAUGGAGAUCCCAAGUCACCAGAUUCUCUUCACUACAUCAGCCCAGAUGGGAUAAAUGAGUACCUGAUUGCCAUCUGGAGUGUGGGAAGUGUAGUCCAGGAUUAUGACACGGACAAGUUGUUUCCUGCAUUUGGGUUUGGAGCUCAAGUUCCUCCUAGCUGGCAGGUAUCUCAUGAGUUUGCUUUGAACUUCAACCCCAGCAACCCUUACUGUCAAGGGAUCCAAGGCAUAGUGGAUGCCUACCGCCAGAUCCUGCCUCAGAUCCGACUCUACGGGCCAACCAAUUUCUCUCCUAUUAUAAACCAUGUGGCGAGGUUUGCAGCACACUCGGCACAGCAAGGAACUGCUUCACAAUAUUUUAUCUUGCUGAUCAUCACAGAUGGAGAGAUCACUGAUCUAGACCAAACUAGGCAAGCGAUUGUUAAUGCCUCUAAGCUGCCAAUGUCCGUCAUUAUUGUUGGAGUCGGUGAAGCUGAUUUCAAAGCGAUGGAGUUCCUUGAUGGAGACAAUGGUGUCCUGAAGUCCCUGACAGGAGAGCCAGCUGCACGAGACAUUGUCCAGUUUGUGCCUUUCCGGCAGUUCAAAAAUGCUCCCCGGGAAGCACUUUCCCAGAUGGUUCUGGCUGAAGUGCCGAAGCAGCUGGUGUCGUACUAUAAAUGGCAGGGAUGGCCACCUGUGAAACCACCAGAAAUAAAGAUGAUGUAGACUGCAGCCUGACCCUGGCCACUUGCAUCACUGGGGUGCAGAUAGCUGUCUGCACCCACGCUCCCUUGCACGCUGUGGGGUGCUCAGUGCCUUGAGAUUGUACCAUUCACACUAGUUCUCUUACCUGCUUGUGCUCUGUAUCUUUGAUCUUUCCUGUUCCUAAAAAAUGUAAAUAUGGAAAAAACCCACAACUGCUGGCAGUUUUUGUCACAGAAAACUAGACCUUGUUGGUUUUCUACCUUGAAACAGCAACACAUCAUGCCAUGCAUCAUUGCUUGGCACGGCCCAUCUGCUGCUCAGUAUUGGAGUGGGCAUGUGCCCUGAGCUGCUCACACGGCACCGCUUCAGUGCGGGGCUCAGCAGGAGAAGCAUUGCAGUCAUGCUUACUGUAAUAGUACUUAUCAUAUAUUCCUUGAUUUUAUUUUUUUUUUUUCCUUCUAUCAAGCUGCCUUGGGAAUAGGGACUCUUCUGUCCUGGUUGGUACCAAAGUCUUGGUUGGAUGCCUGAGGUAGUUCCUGUUGUGCCUUCAUAAAGUGCCAGUGUAUUUUUGUACAUAGAGGUUUAUUUUUAAAUUUCAGUGACCAUACUUGUGGAAUCUUCUUUCUAAUCACAUUUUUCUAUUAUUGCUUCUGUGAUGGCCUAUUGCUUGGAGCCAUUGUUGUAGUGUAAGAACACUGCACCUUGCUUAUUUAUGGGGGGAUUAAUGAAGAUUAAUCAUUAAUUAAUUGGGUGUGGGAUUGAUGAGUCACAUUAAUGUGACUUUCAAAAUCCAGCAACUGGAAUUAUUGAAAUAAAGGUGAUUUCUUUGUGUCACAGAAGUUACAAAAUGAAGAAAUAACUAUCUGUAGAACUCCAAAGAGGUGCGUCCUUGUCCUCAAGAGUCUUUAGUGUGUAUUAUGUGCUCUGGGGACUGUAGAGCAGGCACAUGAUAGCAAAGCACAGUUGCUUUGAGAGACUGGAGCUGAUAGUUCAUUUCAAAACAGAGAUAAAUUGCACUACAAGUGGUCAUCACUUUGUUUCAUAAAUAAAUAAUCUGCUUUGACUUGCA